AUGGAGAAACGUGAACAUAAUAUAAUAGUUCAGGAAGUCCCAAAAAACUUCCUGAUUCUCGCCGCCCGCGUUUUAGGCACCGAGUUCCAGGGAUCUCUUAACCACCUGACGCCCGCCCACCAACCAUGGAAGGGCGCCCAAGGUGAGGGGCGGCGCCAAGCCAGGGGGAUAAAGCCUGCGUGCCGAGCGCUUUUGCUUCAGUGUCGUUACCCACCGUCGUGUGAGCUACCUCCUCGUUCCUUUAGUCUCGUUGUGCUUCAGUUUCCACCGAUCAGAAUGGCUGGACGUCUUUCACUUGCGGUUGCUGUGUCCGUGCUGUGCUCCGUGGUGUCCAGUAUGCCCUUACAAGUCACCCAGAGCACGUGCGAGACCCUGCUUCCCCUGGGGCUUACCGGCGAGCCGCAGACGUCUGAGGCUCCCUACCUCCUGAUGGUGCCCAAGGAGAUGAUUCCCGCCGGCUCGCAGAUCAAUGUGAUCUUGACCGGUUUCGACCCCAACGUGACGUUUGAAUCAUUCUUCGUCGAGGCUUUCAACGCUGAAGGACAGCCCAUCGGGUCCUUCGUCAACGCCCCCAGGACGAUUAACUGCGGAUCUGCGUCUGCAGCUUACCAAGCAGACAGCGAUCCGAAGGUUGUGGAGAUGAUGACCUGGGAGGCUCCUGUCGACAUGACUGGAACCGUUACCUUCAGGGCUACUGUGGUUAUGAAUGACGAAUUUUACUGGAAUGAUUUGGCUGUUGAGGCGAUGUUGGGCUAAUACCUGGAAAAUUGAAGCAAAAACUCUGAAAGGCUACCCUAUUUUGUAUGCUUUCUUUUUUUUAUUUCCAUGAUUUUACAUAUUACUUGAGUAACUACAAUCUUAUUUUUCUAAUCCAUAUCAACAUACAAAACAAUAGAUAAAAAAUUAUAGUGUAUUUAUUAUUUAUUGAUAAUAAAAUC